UAACGUUCUAUGGUUCUGCUCUGAAGUUGACUCUGAGUGUGUGGGGGCCCAAUGUGAAAUGAGGCUGAGACUUUCUGCCUCCUCCUCUCUGCCUCCACCACCCCCUGGCACUUUCCUGGCCAGGGGAGAGAGGGAGGCGGGGAGGUCACCCUCAGCCCCACCUUGUCCCCUCCCUCUCUGGCAGCCACCAGCUAUAGUUAGGUCAGGCCCCUCCCUCCCUGCCUCCCUGCCCUGUAGGUCUCAGCCUCUGGCUGGUACAGAGUACAGAUACGGCACUGGCCCCAAUCACCGGACGGCGCUCAUUUGCAGUUGCUUUCCGACCAAGCACCCUCUGUCUGGCGCCUUCCUUGAUUCUGUGCUUUUUCUAGGCUGUCUCUCCGAAGUGUCUCUUGAUUCUCUCUUACUGUCUCUGAGCAGUCCUUGGGGUCUCUCUGAGAUGCCUCUGAGUGGUCUCUGGUCUCUCUCUGGACUCUUGCUAGGCUCUCUCUGAGUUGUUUCUGAGCACUCUCGGCGCUCUCGCUAAACUUUCUCCGGCUCUUUCUGGAGCCCUCGUGCUCCGAGUCCCCGCCCCCCCACCACCACCACCCAGUUCCCUCCCAGGCUUUUUGGCUGCGCCUCCAGCUCUCUGGGUCCCUCCCGGGCUCUAGGACUCCCCGCUGGCUUCUUACCUAGCUCCCAGCUAGCUCCCGAGCCAGCCCUGGCGACGCUCUGCGCCCUGGGUGGGGGCAGCGCAGGGCCCUGGGCGCGGGGUGCCCCCGGCCCCAAGGCCCCCAGACCCAUGGAGCUGGUACCAGGACUAGGAGCCCUGAGGCGGCGGAAGCGGCUGCUGGAGGAGGAGAAGAGCCUGGCAGGCUGGGCUCUGGCAGUGGCUGGAGCGGGAAUCGGGCUGAUGGUGCUGCACGCCGAGAUGCUGUGGUUUGGUCAAUGCCAGUGGGUUCCUUAUCUCUUCCUGGUGAAAUGUGGGAUCAGCAUCUCCACCCUUCUCCUCCUCGGGCUCAUCUUGGCCUUCCACGCUAAGGAGGUUCAGCUCUUCAUGACAGACAACGGGCUUCACGACUGGCGGGUGGCGCUGACCAGGCGCCAGGUGGCGCAGAUCGUGCUGGAACUGCUGGUGUGCGGGGCGCACCCGCCCCCGCUGGGGGCGUGGGACGCCCCUCAGUGCCUGCUCCAGUCGCGCUCCUGGCCAGUCUUUUUGAGCCAGGCCGAGGCUCUGCUUUCGCUAGCCAUGCUGCUGCGCCUCUACCUGGUGCCGCGGGCAGUGCUGCUGCGCAGCGGCGUGCUGCUCAACGCCUCUUACCGCAGCAUUGGAGCCCUCAACCGAGUGCGCUUCCGACACUGGUUCGUGGCCAAGCUGUACAUGAACACGCACCCAGGCCGGCUCCUGCUGGCCCUCACCCUCGGCCUCUGGCUCACCACUGCCUGGGUGCUCUCCGUGGCCGAGAGGCAGGCGAUCAAUGCCACUGGGCACCUGACGGACACUCUGUGGCUCAUCCCCAUCACCUUCCUGACCAUCGGCUACGGAGAUGUGGUUCCAGGCACCGUAUGGGGGAAGAUUGUCUGUCUUUGCACAGGGGUUAUGGGCGUGUGCUGUACAGCUCUCCUAGUGGCUGUAGUGGCCCGAAAGCUGGAAUUCAAUAAAGCAGAGAAACACGUCCACAAUUUCAUGAUGGAUAUUCAGUAUGCCAAAGAGAUGAGGGAUUCUGCAGCCCGAGUGCUCCAAGAGGCCUGGAUGUUCUACACACACAGUAGAAGGAAGGAGUCUGGAGCAGCCCGGAGACACCAACGGAAAUUGCUAGCUGCCAUCCACAUAUUCCGUCAGGUGCGCUUAAAACAUCGGAAGCUCCGAGAACAAGUGAACUCCAUGGUGGACAUCUCAAAGAUGCACAUGAUCCUGUGUGACUUGCAAUCUGGCCUCAGCACUUCCCACAGAGACCUGGAGAAGCGAAUGGAUAUACUAGGGGGAAAACUUGACACCCUGACCCAACUCCUCGGUGCAGCCUUAGAACCUGGGCAGCCCCCAGAGCCCAGGGAGGCCACAUAGUUGGGACUACGAAGAGGGAACCUACCUCCUUCAGUCCCCAGGGACAGGCUGGUCAUCCCCUUUCACUUCAUCAGAAGCAUUACAGAGGGACCCAGAUCUAGGGAGUCCCUCUCUCCAACAGCUGCUACAGUCCCUGGCUGGGCCAGGGGUACCCACACUCACCCAAGCAAUGGAAGGGGUGAAUUUCAAAGCUGCUACAGAGCUGGAGAGUCAAGGAACCCAGGAGCUACAGAACACAGGCCUUCUCCAAGUCACACCACAACUAAGGAGCAGAAGGAAGGAGAGACCCUGGGGAGGAGGCAGGAGCUGGGGGCCCCACAGCUCUCUUUCCCUGGAAGCCCUGAUGCCUGGGUCUGUGCAGUGGGAGGUUGCUGGAUGCCUAGAUCCCUGCCAGGGACAACAGACUGAGAGGGCUGGACACUUAGGUCCCUGUCCUCAGCAGCUGCUGGACAGCUGAAGAGUAAAGGGGUCCAGUGUGGGGAGCGGUGGGGUAGAGGCUCCCAGGAGCCACAAGCGGCCUGGGGCACCCCCUAGUGGGGACAGCGAAGGGAAGUGGGCAGACUGAGCCCCUGGGGGGAAUCGCGCCAGAGCUUCCCAGCUUUCCCCUUCCCCCCUCCCUCGGCCCCACUUUGUAAUAAAAGUUAAUAGCAAGGAACAGA